GGCUCAUUGUGUUUCUGUGAAGUGAUACGAGCGCACAUAGUGCUGCGGUUAUUUAAUUACUAACUAAUUAAAUCAUCACUGUCGUACACGUUCUGGACAAUGCUCGAUAAUACCGACAUAAGCGAAUAGUGUACCUGACAUACCUACAUCGAAAAUGAGUUCACCGGCUGAGCGGACACCAGAGAAUAAGUCCUCGAGGCUGCUGCCCCCAAUUCUUAGCGGAGAUGGUCGACCACUUUCAGGAGAACAUCUUAAUAUCGUUCGCCUGUCACCUCGCGUGGUGGAACGAAGCCCGAACAUGUGGAAGAGCAGACGACAACGUGGCUGCUUCGGCGGCCCAUCAGAUUCCAGAGGCGAAGAUUUACAAGAUAUAAGAAAUUUCUUAGAUCGCAACAGAGAUUUCUUGCAGUCAUAUGUAGUGCAGUCAGUGUCACUGGAAGAACUCGAAGGAUGGUUUUUUAGAAAAAUUAAACAAAACUAUACCGACUCCAGAUUAGGCCACGGAAGAUUGACGAAACUCAAAGAAAAAGUCUUUCCAAAAUCUCCAUUUGCUUCCUUGGUAAAGUCUUUAAUGGAUGAUCUAAGCGAACAUACCGUUAUAUAUGAACUAGCAAAAAGUAUUACCACCGCAGUCGGUGUGGAUGCCUAUCGUAUUUAUAAAAUGUACCCAGAUCAUCCACAAUUUGUAUUAUGUUACCCUACAGAGUUUAAGAAACCUGUGCCGCCGAAUACAUUCAUGCAUUUGGAAAGGGUUGACCAAGAACAAAUAUUCUUUCCACUGGACGUGGCUAAAAAAAGAUGUUGCGUCCGCAUCAGUAGGCACGAGGAUCCCUUAAGAUUUCCUCCCACACCGCACGACUUGUUAAAAGCCUUCAAGAUCAAGAAUGCGAAGGACGCCAAUUAUAUCCUCUAUCAACCAAUUUUGAACGGGUCUGGCAAGACCGGUUACGUUAUAGAAAUGUGGAGAGUCAAGGACAGAUUUAAAGAACGAGACGAAGAGGUUAGCUCAAAUUAUACGGUGUGGGGCAGUUUAGCACUGCAUUUUUCUUUAAUGUAUAUCGAUAAAAAGAGAGAACGAGAUAUGACAGAUUUUCUCUUAGAUGUGGUGAAGGCGAUUUUUGAAGAGAUGGUAUCUUUAGAUCAACUAAUUAAAAGAAUUCUAGAAUUUGCUCAGCGCUUGGUUAAUGCGGAUAGAGCAUCGCUUUUUCUCGUAGAUUACAUUAACCAUGAACUGGUAUCAACAGUUUUUGAUCUGAAGUUUGAUAACGAACAUAUCUCGGACGUCGAGAAAAAAGAAAUCAGAAUGCCUAUUAAUCGUGGCAUAGCAGGACAUGUUGCCACCUCUGGCGAAACGAUGAAUAUUCCCGAUGCAUAUUUGGAUGUGAGAUUUAACAGGGAAGUCGAUGAAGCCACUGGAUAUAAAACCAUAAAUAUUCUAUGCAUGCCAAUAAAAGUUGAAGGAAAAAUAAUCGGUGUUGUGCAAAUGGUUAACAAAAGAGACAACAUCAGUUUUACACACGAAGAUGAGGUGUCGUUUGAAAAUUUUUCAACAUUCUUCGGAUUGGCUCUUCACAACGCAAAGUUGUAUGAUAGAAUAAUGCGGAAAGAACAAAAGUACAGAGUGGCACUAGAGGUUUUGAGCUAUCACAACACUUGCAAAGAAAAUGAUGUGGAAGCAUUGCUUAAAGAUGGAGUCGACAUCAGCACUGAACUAAAUGAUUUCAGACUUGAUCCUUACAAGCUUGAUGAAUUUGAGAAAUGUAAAUCAGUCAUAAAAAUGUUCGAUGACCUGUUUAAAAUGUCAAAUUUUGAUAUGUCUGUUUUAACAAGGUUUGUGCUGACUGUAAAAAAGAAUUACAGAACAGUCCCCUACCAUAACUUCGACCAUGGAUGGUCAGUAGCGCAAGCUAUGUAUGUUAUUCUGAAGAAUGACUAUGGAGAAAGAUUCGAUUACAAAAGGAGAUUGGCUUUAUUUGUUGCCAGUUUAUGCCAUGAUUUGGAUCAUCGUGGUUACACCAAUAAAUACAUGAGUGAGACAGCCUCACCCUUGGCCGCUAUGUACACGACAUCAACAUUAGAACAUCACCAUUUCAAUAUAACGGUGACGAUUUUACAACAAGAUGGACACAAUAUAUUUGCACAUUUAUCUAGUGAGGAGUAUAAAGAAGUAUUAGGAUUUAUCCGUCAGGCUAUUCUAGCCACAGAUUUGGCAGCAUUUUUCCCAAAUCUGGAAAAAAUUAAGGGGCUUCAUGAUGACCACUCGGAACCAAAAUUUGAUUGGCACACACCUAAACACAAGGACCUAGCCAUGGCGAUUUCGAUGACAGCCGCUGACCUCUCAGCUUCGGCUAAGCCGUGGAAAGUGCAACUUAAAACCGUUAAAGUUAUUUUUGAAGAAUUUUACGCUCAGGGUGACAAGGAAAAAGCUAUCGGUAAAACCCCUAUUCCUAUGAUGGAUAGGAAUAAACCCGAGGAACAACCAGCUAGUCAGGUUGGAUUUUUAAGCCAGAUAUGUAUACCUUGCUAUACUAUGCUCUUCAGAAUCUUACCAUACACAAUGCCUAUGUAUCAAAUGGCAAAGAGAAAUUUGGAUAAGUGGAACGAUAGAGCUCGCAAAGUUCACCAAUUAAAACAAAAUAAUGGCAAUCAGUCAAAGAUUGAAAUCAUUGUGACAUCAGACCAGGAUUCUGAUGAAGACAAGGAUAUAUGUUGUACUAUAGAAACGAUUGCUAUAGUGGAACCUAAAAAAGAAGCUGUUGCUGAAGUUGAAGAGGGUAAGGCUAACAUUGAAAUGGACGAUGGAUCGAAGUAUGGUGCAAUAAAAAAACAUAAGAAAAAGUACAAAAAAUCUUUAAGCGUUGAAGAAAUUUUAUGGGAAGAGGAAGAGCAACCUAUUCCAGAGGCUAUAGUGAACAGAAAAUUAACUAGUGGAGGUUUUUGGGAAGAAGGGGAGAGUAGCACAUCUUGGAUUGAUGAGGAAGGAGUCGUCAUUCAAACUAAAGCUUUGAAAAGUAUACCGCGGCAUUGA